CAAGUUAAUUCUUCUAGAUAUGGUAAAAUUUUUCGAUUGUCCUUUUUGGGGUUACAGGAAUUAGUGUCCCAUACUAUGUAAUACAUAGACGAGUGCAUAAUUGGUUAUUGUUAUGUAAAGCUAGUCCCAGUUUAGCCCCUUCCACCACCCCCGCAGCUAACUGAAGAAAGGAAUACAAUAAGAUGAGUCCCAAAAAGAAAAUGUCCAAAAAGGAGCGGGCUCGCCUGGAGGCCGAACAGGCCGAACACCAACGGAUGGAGCAGGAGCGCGAGAAACUUCGCCGGAUCGAGGAGGAAAAGAUGAGAAAAGUUCGCGAAAAGGAGGAAGCUGAGCGGAAGCAGGUCAUGGAGAUUGUAGCGAACAAAAUGCGCAAAGUCCAGUUCGUGGAUAGUUACAAGUAUUUCGCCCUAAUUAAGGAGGAGGUGAAACAUCUACAUGCCCAGCAGAAGAAGGAUCGGGAAUGGGAGCAGUACAUGCGGUGCAACGGUCUACCAAAUGCAUUUGACCCAGCGGAUUUAAGGAAAUAUCUGCACAUAUGGUGCGAAGGGAUUAAACAAUACAACGAAAGUGAACAAAACUGGCUGUUGCUCGCCAACGAGCAGAGCAUUCUCACCCAAGACGUUAACGUUAGCAACAUUUCACGGGAGAGUUUAAAGCUGCAGCAGCCGGAAAUCGGCACCGUGUAUGCGGCCAAAACCAAGGAAGUGCUGGGGAUCCUGGAGGAGAUCGACGAGGCACUGCACUGUGACACCACCGUAACACAAUCGAUGAUUGAUGAUUUGCACGAGCUGAAAACCGAAUUCCGGCGAGUGCUGGCGGAUUACAUCGACGAGUUUGCCUACAAAAUCUUGAGCAACAUCAACCGGGACAUGACGCUGACCGGACUGCUGGAGGUGACGCACAAGUUCGCGUCGGAUGUGUUCAAAACGCAACUGUUUGGCCUGCGAGAUAUGCCCACACCACAGCUAAAUCCCAAGGAAAAGGCCAAAGAGGACAGCAAGCACACUGAUAUUGAUUUUCCGGUGCUAGGAUUUCAUCUGGUGCUGCCGGCUGCCGUUAAGUGCCACCAUUCGGCCAUACGAGGUUUAUGGCUGAAUUAUGACCAUUUCAGUGACUAUUGCCCCAGUUACGACAUGCCCUAUAGGCUGGAUAAUCGCGCUGAUCUGCGAAUCAUAAGCCGAAUUGAGUGGAAAAAGCGGAAGGAAAUCUUGAAAGCUGUUUACGAGGAACCACGGGAAAAGAGGCCGGACGACUCGGAGGAGGACGAGCGGUCCCCGAAUGACAUCGACGUGGACAAAAUCUACACGGAACACGCGGACGAGCUGAUGAAGAAGGAGCGCGCCAAAAAGGGGACCAAGGCGCUCGGUCUGCUGGAGCACGACGUAAACAUGCGAAGCCAUCGCAUAAUCGCCGGUGUUUAUUGCAUCGAUUAUCUGGCCCAGCCCGGCCAGGAGGUUAAGAUAGCGAAGAAAUCGUUGCUGAGGACCGUUCCCCAACCCGGCAAGUUAACAAGAAAGAAGUUCUACCAGCCGUACAAGCCCCCACCCACGCCUCAGCCAGGAGUGCGUCGACUACCGGAAGAAAUUGAAGCCGAAAUCAAACAAAUGGAGGAAAACCUGGACAAACUAGCCCUGAUCACUCUCCAACUCCCGGAAUCAGUGUUCUGGUUCGAGCCACCAAUCGUCUGUCGGUGGGAACUCAAGGAGGAAACCCUCGAAUCCGACCCGGGAUUCGCGAAAUAUCUGGAAAAGCACCGUCUUCAAGUCCAAACCGCCAGAGAGCGCCGCACAAAGUCCCUACGCGAUCGCAAAACCAAAUUCAUCGAAGACUUCAACAUUCUGGACAUUCCGUCCCACGUGCACCUCAGCUCGAUUGUCGACGACUUCGUCGUCCCGAAACUCCCCGAAAGCUACACCGUAAAAAUCAUCCCCCAAGACGAUAAAAAGAAAAAGACCCACCUUCAACGGGCACCCAGCGGUGGCAAAAAAUCCCGCGAAAAAAAGCGAAAAGUUUCCAAAGUGCCCUCGAGUGCCGCGCUGACCAACAUCAUCUACGAAACGCGUAUCCCGGCGUAUCUCUUCCCGCCCGGAUGUGGCAGCAAAAUCCUCAAAAUCUGGAACCGCCGAAACAAGCUGAGCUAUCCCGCCCUGCCGGAGGAGAGUGACGAUCAGGGCGAUUACGACGACUCGGACAACGACAACGGAGCGGGAACCAGCACGAAAACGAAGAAGAAGCAGUACCUCUUCUCGGCCUUUCUCAAGGAUCUGGACGAGCUGAUCGAGGUAAAGACGCCAAAGUUUGAGUGUAAAAUGGAGGAAAUAGUGGCGACGGUGAGCAAGGCGGACCAGGGCCGCCAGACGGUGCAGAUUGUGAAGACGGACGAGCGAACGCGGGAUCGGGACCGCAAAAAGGUGCAGAAGAGCAAGUUCGAUUCGGACGAUGAGGAGGUCGAUUAUGGGGAUAUUCUUGAGGUCGGCAACUACGUGAUGGUUGACCGCGAAAAGGAGUACGUCGGAAAGUGGAGCACCCGGGACAUCCACGACGUGAAAUUCAACGAGGACAAGCUGACCAUCCAGUUCCGGAUCGGCCGACUGGGUGCGAUCGGAUUUGCCGCCAACCGAUACAGCAAUUUGCCAUAUCAGUCGUGGGAAAUGAAGCCUGACAUCAAGAACCCGGGAUGCAUCACAUUCUCGCUCACGGCGGCCGUCAUCAGCACGGAGAUCACCAUCUCGGAGGCCGGAUUCCGGGUCAACUCGCUGCAGGGUGGUCCCACCCAGGCCAUGCAGGAGAUAAUUGGCCAGGUCCUGCCGCUGCGGAAGAUGAUAAAAACGCUGCGCCAGGCGGCGGUCGAUUUGUUUCCCGAGGACGACGCCUUCAACUAUUCGGAAGGGUCGUGCGAGAAAAACUGGAUCAUGGAGUCGCAUCUUUACGACUGCAUGGGACUGCUCGCUGUGACGCACAACUUUUCCUGGUCCAGGUGGAAUCUGCUGUCGGGCUGCCGGAUGUGUGUGCUGUUGAUGCGUGAAAUUGUUGAACAUCGACGGCUGCCAACCCACUCCACCCUGCUCGUGACACCGUUGAAAGCCGUAAUUGUGGAUUCAGUGGAGGUUUCACCCGUCUUCAACACUGGCCCGAUCGAAGGAAUGGGGCAUUACGCCGAUCUUUACCAUCUGGGCCGAGAGCACUCGCAGCCGUCGUCCAAGGUGAAGCAGGAAAACAUGAGCCCCAUCCUAAGGGAUAACGCCGUGCAGCUGUUAAAGUUGGUUCGCCCUUUAAGCUUCGCCUAAAAAUUGUAGCACGAGUACGUGAGAAUUACAAUAAUUGAUACGCAUAGUCGCCGUGAAGAUGAGCCGUAAUAAAUCCGCCUUCAACGAUAACACACUGUCCCGCGUUCAUGUUUUGGAAUUUGGCGGGAAGAGGCAACAAAUCUGAGCUAUAUUAAUUAUUGAAAACUCGUCCGUUUUGGGCUCGUAAAAGUGCUCAAACCUUCGGCGCCUUUAUGUUUGCUUGGAAAAGAUUUUCACAGCUAGAGCAUAGAGAAAGAACCAUUUGUAGCUUCUGUGAGCGGUUAGAAAGAGCACAAUGAACUCUGGGUUGUCAGGCGGUCAUAAUCGAAAAACUGAUCAAAUCUAAAUAUUUUUCAGAGCCUCAAGACUGCAUUAUUAACUCGUUUUUUUUUUUUGAAUUACUAUACAUUUUAAGAAAGGUAAUUAGGCAAACAUUG